GCGAUCCUCUAUUCAGUAGCUUUCUGUGCCGCCUGCCGUCGCAGUCUGCGUACCCAGUUCGCGAGCGAGUCUGUGCGGUUGGACGCUGGGAGCCCCGGCUAGCUGUUGAGCGAUGGCGUGGUGGUCGUGGCUGUUGGUGCAGCUGGUGGCGUGGUGCUGUGCUGGCGUGGUGGGGGUUCUGUGGUGGCUCUGGCUCACCAGACUGCGCGUGGACCUUCCAGGGCCGCCCACGGUGCCUAUCCUCGGCAACAUUCCGGAAUUCCGCGAGGUGCCUGUCAAGAUCCGCAACGCGCGAGACUUGCACCGCGAGUACGGAGACUUGAUCAGGUUCUACAUGGGGCCACAGUUGGUGGUGAUUGUGCUGCACCCAGAUGAUGUGGAGCACGUCUUGCUAACAUCAAAGAUGGUAGACCGCACAUACUUCAUCAGACGUGUCCUCCGGAUGUUCUGCGGAGAUGGUUUACUCACCCUUGGCGGUCGCCCUUGGAAAGUUCACCGAAAACUCAUCAACCCUACAUUCCACUCAGAGCUGCUGGAGGGAUUUCUGGAGGCCUUCCACGAGGGCGGCCUCUACCUGUGCGAGCGUCUGGCCAGCACUGGAGGCACCGCCACCGAGACCUACAAUCCGGCAUUCAAGGCAGCCCUGCGGAACAUUUACGACACCGUUAUUGGCAUCAACCAUGACCUGCUGCUACCAGACGACGUGUCAGAGGAUGAUAUGGCUGGCGCCAUGAGUGAUGCCAUGAUCUCCAUAACGAGUGUACUGACGCGCCCGUGGCUACAUAGCAAGUUCCUGUUGAAGCUGACCUCCAAAGGUCGUAAUGUAUUCAAGUAUAAGCGGAUGCUGGAGGAUGCGACCAUGACCUUCAUCACCAUGAGGUCGGCGACCACAGAGGAGGGGUUUACCAGCAAGCGCCUGAAUCUUGUGGAAUCUCUAGUUAAGCCAGGAGGGCAGCCAGUAAUGUCACUCAGCGAGAUUCGGGAUGAGAUCAUGAAUCUGGCACUGGCCGGCACUGAGACGACGGCUGUGACAAUGGGCUUCGUGCUGGCUCUGCUGGCCCUCCAUCCAGAGUGGCAGGAUGCAGCCCGGCAGGAGCUGAGAGAAGUCUUUGGCCAGGGCGGCGACUUCCUGCGUGCUGCCAGCGCCGCUGACCUGGGCUGCCUCAAGGUGUUGGAGAGCAUCAUAAAGGAGACGCUGCGAUUGUUCCCAGCCGUCCCAAUGAUGUUUCGGGAUGCCACGAAGGACCUCUGGCUCUCGAGGCUGGCGGUGCUGGUCCCCAAGGGCACCACAUUGGCUUUCAUGCCCUGCAUCACCCAUCGCCUGCCGGAGUUCUUCCCGGACCCACAGAAGUUCGACCCUUCACGCUUCUUGAAGGACCAUCAUGGCAAGGAGCACGUGUGUAGCUAUAUACCAUUUGGGGUAGGUGCACGCAACUGUGUGGGUUCCCAGUAUGCUCGCCUGCAGCUCAAGGUCUUCCUUUCAAAUGUUCUGAGGCGCUUCCGCAUCCUGCCACAGAGCUGCCGGGAGGAUCUGGAGGAAUGCAUACUUACCGUCAGCCAUCAGCCGGUUAAGCCAAUCAAGGUCUCCUGCGUGCCCCUGCAUGAACACAGCACAUAAGAAUAUCCUUCACACUGCUGAAGUGAAGGUAUUCCUGACCACUACCAUGAGGCGCUACCGCUUCCUACUACACGGACACUUUGUGGAUCUGAAGAACCAUGCACUCUACAUCAGUCAACACACAGUCAAGAUGAUCACGUCUCUGGCAGGCCUCUGUGAGUUCCCAGCACAUAGGACCAGCCUCAACAAAACUACUGACAAAUAUCACAAGGCCGUUUUCAUUCCUAUCACAUAAGUGCUGGAAGGAUGUGGAGGUCAACACUUUCCCCACCAGCCAGCACACCGUCAAGGCGAUAUUGGUUUACCACGUGAUCCUGCAUGGGUCCAGCGCACAGGACUGCCCUCUGUACUGCAGAAGGUUUUCCAGGCCAAAACCCCGAGAGGCUUCAGCUUCCUUCUGCAGGGCUGCUGAAAGGACAUGGAGGACAAUGUUCUCUCCACCAUGCUGCAGACCAUUAUGUUUGAACAGCUUAAGAGUUUCUAUGGUGAUGUGUGUCUUCCAUGCUGUAAUAUCUCUCACUGAGAAUCCUUCAAAACCUCCAAAAUCUGCAUAAAUUUCUGCAAAAAUCGCUACAGUUAUCAAAGUACUGCCUCCAAAAUCAAAAUGACAUUCUCUAAAUACAUUGCGACCUCAGAUUACUUCUUUUUCAUUUGGCACACUAGCAACUUCAAUAUUAAUUGCUUUCAAGCUCCUCUAUACAGGGAAGUAUGGUCGACAAUGUGUUCAUCCCAUUAGCAUUGCAAAGGUCUGCUAACUUACGGGCAUUUUGAUUUUUCUGUUCUUGUAAUUUCACUUUUUGCAGGUGGUUUUUGGAUGACUAUACAGAUAGCCAUGUAGAUUUUUGAGGUUUAGAAGCACUUGCAGAUAGAGGUAGUACAGCAUGAAAGAUAUCUGUAAUAUCACAGACAACGGGUUCAUUUUAGAAGAAUGUAUAUGGAAUAAUAUAAACACACAAAUCAGUAACUAUACAUAGGAGAGAAAGAAAGAUUUAUGGUAAUGUGUACACUUUUAUUUUGGGUGAAGUAGAUAAUGAUAACUGUGACAUGUGAUGAUGUAUUAUAGACAAUAAGGACAUAUUUAUUUAAAAAAGAAACACAUAGAUCUUGCCAAAAGCUGAAGGUGCGAGCAAGAGGCCAGCACAUAGGACCGACAACACUGCUGAAGGUCGUUCAGGCAAAUUCUCCAAGGUGGUUUUCAUUCCAUCCACACAACUCCUUGAAGAACCUGGAAGUAACACUCUCUCUAUUAGUCAACACACUGUCAAACAGUUCUUGGUCUUAUUAGCGCCUCUGCAUGGGCUGGAGGUAUUGUUUGUUGCAUCUGUGGCAUGCAAUAACUGACCUGUGUCUCCCUGGUCUUGCUGAAGAAAGAUGACUAUCUCAGGGAGCUGUCUUUAGUAAUUGGGUACAGGCUUGGUGAACCGGAGCUUCCUGAGCUGGGGAUUGAUGAGCACCGCCAGUACUCCGUAACAGUUAAGUUCUGGGCACGUUUCAGUGACCGAUGUGUGGUACGGCGGUGUAAUAUUGUGUCUCAUAGGGAACACUGAUUUGGCUUAACCACCUAGACGGCGAGGAUGGUAGAAACCUUUGCAAAAAGCCCUCAAACUCAAGGUGUAUUGGACGCUGGUGAUGUACAUGGCUGUUGAGGUAGCAGACAACCUCUGGGAAACCUGCAACACUUCAGUUGUAUAAGGCUCAGCUAGGCAAGCAGGGUUCUGUCUGAGGGGGCCAUUGUCGCAAAUUGCUCAUCGGAACACCAUGGCGAAUCAAAUCAGUUUCUUCACUCCCAAUACAAUGAGUGUACUAUCUGAUAGUACUCACACCAAAUCAUCGAAAAGACUGAGGCAGGCUAGUGUGCAGUUCACCAGCUCGUGAACCUAUUGUCGAUAGAAGUCAUUGUUCCAUUGUGGCUAUGCAUAUUAUAACCCAGGAUUUAGUGAUAUUUCUUCAGCCAUUAACCACGAACCCACAUGCACCCUAUUGGACUUGGAGAGCAGUAUUUUCAUUAUGGAUUAUGAGUGGUACUGUACCGUAAGUACUGGGACAUACGUAAAUUCUCCCUAAAGCCACCAGUUAGUCAGUGGUGAACGAGAAACGUUGCCAUUGGUCGGCAAUGCAAUAGUAUAAGCCGUCUGGGUUUUUCAUGACCACAGAAUUUUGCAAUUGCAAGAUGAUUGUCCACGUGUGUUUUGCAAGGUUGUGACUCUAUUGUGAGGACUACCAUGGUUCUUGAUUAUUGUGGCAAGAAAUGCUGUGCUAAAGUUCAGCCUUACAACAUUUGUACGCUACUUAAUCAUAAUAUAACAUUGAAGGUAAUUCUGUACAAUUUGAUGUUGGUCCUUUGAAAGAAGUCAAGGCCGAACAAAUUGUAAGGAUUCUCACUGAAUUUCUGAAUGUAAUGAUCGAUAAUUUGGGGGUUACUAAUAAAUUCUGUCUUGACCAA